CCACCACCCACCACCCACCACCCACCUACGGUACGCUACGCUACCUUACGCUACCUUGCCUCACGCUACCGGCAUCGACAUACCUUACCUACUGACCUCCAAUCAUAAUAAUAAAUACGCUAAUACCGUACGUUGCCUGUAAGUCUCGCCCUAUCCGUUUCCUGCCUAUGCAUCUGUCACUUCCCCAUUAUUACUCAUUACCUGCCUGUUCGCGAUCCACUCUCCUUGCCCUUUUCAGGCCCCCUUGCCUGGCACUUAACUGUCAUCUGUGCGCACGCAUCUGUCUUGUCUUAGUCUUAGUCUUGGAACCUUCCGCUCCACCUCCCCUUCCCUGCCCUCCCCUACCCAGCACCUACCUACCUUGGCGCCGCUCGAGCAAGGACCCUGGUCCCAUCUGCCAUUAAGCUUGCGCACAUCUCCUGUCCGUUUACACUUCCCCUCCUGCUCCAACAACAUUUCCCAAUCUUUGCGAACUGUCUGUUGUCACCCGGUACUUACAAGCAUGAUCAUGACAACCACCCGUACAGACCGGACCGCAUAGCAUAAACUGACUCUGACCGCCCAUCCGAACAGGUUCAUCUCUCUACGGGUAGCUGCAUAAGUUCAAGAGACCCCGACCACUGGUUGAGCAUCAACAGCUUCAAGUCUUUGUCUCUUCAUCAGGCGAUUACUUGCAAUACUUUAUUCUUAGUUUCAGCCUCCCGAGACCUCCAUUCAAAUAGAGAAAACCGCCACUCGUUGACUUGGUACAAGAUUCGGAUAGUAAGCGCAGUGAAAGUCCCAUCGUCUAAUACUUCUUUCCAAUCUAUUCUGCAACUCUCGGCUCUUCUGUCUAGUUUGACACUGGACGACACCUUCAGCCUUCCACGUUCAAAGGAAGCCAAAACGGCUGCCCCGUGAACGGUUCUCCGAAGAGAGGGCAAAUUUGGGCUGAGAUCUGCACGAAGUGCUUGUCGGAGUUGUCACAUUGGCAGUAGCGUUUGGUCAAUUUCCUCCACAUUCCAUGGAACGGCACAACCUUACGCAACACUCCAAUAUCCACCACAGACUUUCGUCAGAAAUUGGGUUGUUUCUCCUCGCUGCUCGCUUUUGAGCUUUUACCUUUACCACCGCCAAACUGGCAUAUUCAACGUACAGACUGUUCGACCCUGAACCCCCUUCCUCGAACAGACCGAUUAUACUCGACGAUUCGUACGCGUCGCCCGAGACUGCGGCUUUUCACGAAGAAGGGUACGAGGGCGGCCUUGUGGCCAGGGCGGAUUCCCCAAAGGAUUCCCUCUCCAUGUCUGCCUACGGGAAAGCGCAACCGCCACAGCUUCAUGGUAUGUUCAUUUUGAGGCGGGAUUCUACAAUGCGUAUUUGUGGUAUCCAAGUUUACUUACAAUUCAGCAGGCUAUGAUUCUGGGCGAAGUUACCCCGACAACACUUUUCCUUACGCUGCCCCUAGCUAUGGCUCUCAACCCCCCGGUCCGGCAUCAACUACCGCCCCAGUCUACCAGACGGCGCCUCAGCUGACACCCAUGGCAUACCCUCCGAAUCAGGUGCGGACUCCUUAUGACGACCAAUCUGGUCCUUACUUGAACGUGGGGACUACGGUACCAGAGAUAACAUCGUACACUCCCCAAAGAGGAACAUCUGGCACCAAGAUUUACGUUUAUAUCACAUCUCUGUACGAGCUGAUCACAGAUACUGCGCCCGUUUUCUCUCUGAUGUUUGGACAACGCAAAUGCCCUGCGUCUUUACAGAAAGUGAGCCAGCAAGGAGCUGUCUGCUCAUACACAGUGACUGCUGAAGUUCCACCCUUCAGUGUAACCGGAUGGAGCUCUUCAGUAGUCCCUCUAUGCAUGUUCAUGGAGACUGGCGACGGAGACGCGAUUGAGAAAGUAGAUGCUGGACAGUUUACGUUCAUUGAUGGCCAGAACGAGAAUACCAUGACACAGGAGAAUUCCAGGAAGCGGAAGCUUUCCACGGAUUCCACUGAUCUGAUGAGAAGUCCUCUGAAGCGAACUUCUAGUCAACAUCUGAGGCCAAAAGAGGAGUACGGCACUUAUAGCUAUGCUCAAACCGAGGCAACUCAAACAUUCUCACCUUACCUCCAGCCCAGUAGCAACAGCUACAACAAUCAUGUUCCACAAUACGGUCGUCCCGCGGGAGGUUACCAGGGACAACAAGCACGGAAUCUAGGAUACUAUUCAACGUCCGCUGCAGCAUCUCCGCCAACGAUCAAGGCACAGUCGCCCCAAGCGGGCAACUGGGGUUCCUACGCAAAUGCUUCGAUGGCACGGAGUCCAGGUAUACAAUCAAGUCUAGGGGGACAACGGCCAAGUCUAGGGUCGCUGCCGACACCUGCGUCAACGGCAAACCCACCCCUAAUUAGGACUUCGACACUUCAACAAAGUACACCGAGUCCAGCAUCUACCCCGCACGGAGGUCAUCCGGGCCCCUUCAACGCUUAUGCUUUGUACCACCAGAAAGCGAAAUUAGAGAUUACGGGAGAUCUGGAUGAGAUGGCAGCACAUUGGUCAGACGAAGAAUUCGAGUCGAGAAGACGACUUGUCCAUUUCAGACGGUCACAGUCAGGAAGUACAAUUACGACGACCUUCCAAGCUGUUUCACCAGACGAUCGACCUCCGAACAGCGUCUGUAUCAGCUGCAUAUACUGGGAGGAGAAGAAUGAGUGUUUCGUUACAAGCGUUGACACAAUUUAUCUGUUGGAACAACUAGUGGCUGCUCGAUUUACAGUGGAGGAAAAGAACCGGAUACGGAGGAACUUGGAAGGAUUCCGGCCACUAACUGUAUCCAAAGGGAAGCCUGACAGUGAAGAAUUUUUCAAGGUCAUCAUGGCUUUCCCGGCACCGAAACCAAGAAACAUCGAGAAAGAUGUCAAAGUCUUCCACUGGAAAGAUCUGGCUUCCGCGUUGAAGAAGAUCAUUGGUAAAUACUCUGCUAGCCCAUCCUCGACACUGCCUCCAGGACCGACACUUCUGACGCCAUUCAGUUCGUCAGGGAAUGGCCCCGACGGAUCCAAUGCGGGCAUCGCAUCAUACGCAAGUGACCAUCAUGGAGGAGUCUCUCCCCGAUCGAUAUCUGGCUCAACCCCUUCGGCCUACAAUUCCAAUAUUCCCGCUCGAAUUGUCUCGCCUCACGACCAGAAGUCCAUGGCUCUUCAAGGUGGUCCUUCUGAUCUUCGACUGCCACAACACCCCCACGAAGGACCGAGCCACUGGCAAGGAGGACAGCAUCACAUGCAAACACCAAAUCAAUAUCAAACUUUGGGCAACCCUAGCCAUCGAGGCUCAUGGGACAUGUUUGGCGAAGCUGGCUCUGCGACUGCCGGCGGCACUUCUACCCACUUGCAAAACUUGAACUAUCCAAAUCAUCGAAAUACCGCGGAGUCGGCGGCUGCAGGGGGUGACAACAGGAUCGCCAGGAUAUUAUCAGCGCAGCAACAAAGCCAGAGUCAGCAGAUGCCGCGUACGUGAGUUGCGUGCGCUCGAUGAUUGGCGAGGGCGGAUGUUGAGGGUGUCCUCGACAAAUCAGAUGAUCCGUGGUUUAGCGCGUCUCAAUCCUAGUCCGAUCUCGUAUUCCCUCACAUGCGCAUACCCUCUGCACAACAUCUUGCAACCUGGUCGAUAUUGCGAGUUGGACUCAUCAUUGGAUUCGUGAUAUCGAUAUCACGAUGAUAGGUCUUCGUCCUCCCAUUCGACGGUUGCCUGGACACCCUCUUCCUGGACGGAGUCAUCAUCUUCACUUCCAUGACGCCCCAAACACUGAGUCGAAUCGAGUAGAACUCGUUCUAGUUCUCAUUACUUGUUUUCUCAACAGCAAUACCUUGUUUAUCUUGCAACAGUCAGCAGACAUUAGAUAUCCUUUUCGCAUCAUGCAUUUGUUUAUGGUGGGGGAUUUGGGUUGGGUUCAGGUCAGGGGAUGGCAUUCUUGGACUUAAGUCCUGGCCAAGGUCAAGGUCUGGCUGUCAGGAGUCUUUGGUGGCGUUCAACGAUCCAUGAGCGGGCUGCAUAUUCAGGGGAGUGUAGCAUAUACCUGAUAAUUAGGGUUUGUUUUGGUAUUGGCGUUGUCCUGCUCAUUUGUGUGCUAAUCUACAAUAUCGUCAUAUUUCCUUCUAUUGUCUCUAUCAUAUUAUUUAUCAGUACCAGAUAUCCCUCAUGUUCUUUAUGUUGAAGUUACAUUGCAUUUGGCUUGGUGUUAUUGUUUGGCCAUUAGUACGCUGGAGAAAGGAGAAUUCGUUCAUACAGAUAUGGAACUGUAACCAAUACAAUAGUCUGCUCCGUCUUUAAACUGCUUGUUCAUUGCUUACUCGCGCUAUGGAACACGCUUGCUCGCCCAGCACACCUUGGGCGAAACCAAGGACCGUAUCUUGUAUUAUUAUGUGGUGGAUUGCAUCGGAAGUCUGCGCUGUGGUGAUUUGGAUUAGGUCUGCAUUCUGCCUAGUCUGUGUUCGAUUUCUAAUAUUGAAUUUUUAUGGGUCUAUCAGUAUUCUGGUAUAGAGAUGAAGAGGAAGGGGCAUUCUGAAUCGUGCUUCAACGAGGUGGUGGUGUGGCAAUUUCGUCUUGGACUAUGUGUGUUGGUGUGCAUCUCAAGCAUCGGGACGAUCUGUUUCCGAAGCGAUGAGGGUGGUCAAGAAUCCAGUAAAGAGGAGAUGGGAAACAGGAUCCGGACGGCAAACAUGAUCCGGGCUUCUAUAUGCGUCGCCAAUUUUUUGAGUUGCGCUGGGAGACAUUGAGGAGGUAAGUUCACCAACAUAGAUAAUUCAUACUGCAUAGGCGGCGACUGGUGGAGGGAUUUGCGAGAUUGUAACAAAAUAAAUACCUUGCGAUUUGGGACUUCGGAUUGGUUAUUCGUGUGCGCAGUAUACCUA